AUGCUGCGUAGACCCUUAGUGCAGUUUUUCCAAAAGAGGUGCUUAGCCUCUGAAAUUCAUUCUUAUGGAAUCGGAGUGCUUAGAAAUCCAGCCACGAAUAAGGGAACUGCUUUCACCAUUCGCGAACGUCAACUACUUGGUAUUCACGGUCUCCUCCCUCCUGCUGUAUCUGAUCUUGAUUCUCAAGUCAAAAAGAUGAUUAAAAAUCUCCAACGCCUUGAAGAUAAUCUUCAGCGUUACAUGUUCUUGAUUGGCUUGCAAGAUCGUAAUGAGAACCUCUUCUACAAGGUUGUAACAGAGUAUACUGAAUAUUGUAUGCCUCUCAUUUAUACUCCUACUGUGGGUUUGGCUUGUCAAAGAUAUGGUCUCGUUUUCCGCAGACCUAGAGGUCUCUACAUCACCAUUCACGACCGUUACAAUAUUGAUGACAUUCUAAAAAACUGGCCCGAAAGUAUCGUUCGUGCUAUCGUUGUUACUGAUGGUGAGCGAAUCCUUGGUCUCGGCGAUUUGGGUGCUUAUGGAAUGGGUAUCCCGGUUGGUAAGCUCUCUUUGUACUCCGCUUUGGCCGGUGUCAACCCGAGGCACUGUCUGCCCAUUGUCCUCGAUGUUGGUACAGACAAUAAGGAUUUGAUUAAGGAUCCUUUGUAUAUGGGUGUUCCACACAAACGUAUUCGUGAUGCUCGUUAUGAUGAACUCUUAGAUAACUUUAUGCGAGCUGUCGUUAGACGCUAUGGCAGAAACUGUCUGAUCCAAUUUGAGGACUUUGGUAACCAAAACGCUUUCCGUAUUUUGGAGCGUUACCGCAAUGAUUACUGUACUUUCAACGAUGAUAUCCAAGGUACUGCUUCAGUUACUGUCGCUGGUUUAAUUGCAUCUGGUCGACUUACUGGUAGACGUCUUUCUGAUGACAUCUAUCUUUUCGUUGGCGCUGGUGAAGUAGGCUCCGAUGCCGCCAGUGGUAUUGCUCAUCUUCUGAAGACCGCUAUGGUUAUGCAAGGAAUUCCUGAGGAUGAGGCAAUCAAUAAAAUCUAUAUGUUCGAUAAAGAUGGUCUUUUGGUCCAUGGACGUCCAGAGGGUAACAUUGAUGAUCAUAAUGGCACCUUCGCUCGCACUGACCUAGAACCAAUGAAGAACCUUGAGGAUAUUGUGAAGAAAAUUAAACCAACUGCUCUUAUCGGAGCCUCUGGUGUUGGUGGUCUCUUUACUCAUCGUAUCCUUCAGCAGAUGAAAAAGAACAUUGAUCGUCCCAUCAUCUUCGCUUUGAGCAAUCCUACUGAUAAGGCUGAGUGUACUGCCGAGGCUGCCUACAGUACAACUGGUGGUGCUUGUGUGUUCGCUAGCGGUUCCCCAUUUGGUGAAGUGACUGUGGAUGUUGGUGGUCAACGCAAGACGUUCAAACCCGGUCAAUGCAAUAACUCAUACAUCUUCCCUGGUGUCGGUCUUGCUAUCACCGCCUGCAAACUCCGUCCCAUUCCUGAUGAAUGCUUUGCUAUUGCUGCAGCUUCCUUGGCCGAGCAAGUGAGUGAGAGCGAUUUGGCUCUGGGUCGUGUUUUCCCACCACUCUCACAGAUUCGUCCAGUGUCUCUGGGCAUUGCUCACAAAGUGGCUGAAUUCGCCUACGAUGAGAAUGUUGCUCACUUCAUGCCAAAACCCGAGGACCUGAAAUCCUAUCUCCAGAGUCGAAUGUAUGUCCCGACUUACGACGAAGCCCUCCCAAACUACACUGAAUGGCCGGAGGAGGCUCUACGUAAACCUCGCGAGUAA